AUGGCGUCGGCGUCGUGGGCGCUGCGGCUGCGCGAGCUGAGUGAAAGGUAUGGCAAGGUCGCGGUGGGCGUGCAUUUCUCCGUGUCCGCCAUCUCCACCGGGACCAUCUACCUGGCCAUCAAGAACAACGUCGAUGUGGUAGCGCUCCUGGAGAAAGUGGGGCUCGUCUCCAAGAAAGCCCCCGAGGACAAACUCAGCGGCGCCGCCGGAGUGGAGCGAGUCUGGAGCGAAUCCGAGGAGAGCAGCGGCAGUCCCGACAUGGCCCAGAAGAUCGAUGAUCCCAGCGACGCCGACGCCGACCCUUCUGCUCCUCCGUCCAAGGAGAAGAAGCGAUCGGAUGGGGCCAUGGGAGCUCUGGGCCUGGCUCUUCUCUGCAACAAGGCUCUCUUUCCAGUCCGUGUUCCAAUCACUGUCAUGCUCACGCCGCCAGUUCAUCGCCUCCUCACCCGGAUCAAAGCUCGACUGUGA